AUGGCAAGUGAAAGCAAUGUCCGGUCGUUAUUAUCGAUGUCUUCGAAGUCGGAGAGCAGCACGCGCGCCUUCUGGCGCAAUGCGGCGCUGCACGACCGCUGCAGCAUGCAGGACAUGGUGGCCAUCAAGGAGGCCUUCCAGAACGCACCCAACAAUCAAAUGAAUUCACUUGAGUUCAGGAACUUGCUCAAGACUUUGUUAAAUGUGGAAUAUGACGAUGAUGAGUACAAAAUACUUUUUAUGAAGGUAAACUCCAGCCGUACGGGUACAAUCGAUUGGGACGAGUUCAUAUCACACCUGAUCCUGGGCUACUUCACCAACGACUCCUCAACCCAAAGAAAAGCCCUGGAACCGCCCAUUAUGGGCUUGCCCGUGCUCAUGCGCUCGCAACACAGACACCCUAUAUCCCGGAUAUGUUUCUGUCCCGAUGUUGCCAAGGACCGCAGCACGGACCCGAUACAGGGCUCGUACAUAACGGCAAGCCGCGACGGCAUGAUCGGCUGGUGGUCGCUCAACAUGAAGUUGUUAAGAACUGCUUACUCUACCAGUCCGUAUCUGAAGGUGCGCUCGACGUGGGUGACGGACAUGGUGUGCAUGCCGGACGUGAACAUCAUCGUCACCAGCUCCACGGAGCGCGACCUGCGCUUCUACGACUGCACCGCCAAAACCUUUACCUUGAAAAUUAUCAUCACCAGCUGGGAGUAUAUGAUCUGUACGAUGCACUAUCACUUCACGGCGGAUGAAAACGACGACUGCCUGUUGAUCUGCGGCGACGUGGCCGGCAACAUUCGGAUGUUGCUGUUCUCUCCGCACAAGCGUGGCCCCUUCAAGAACGAAGCUGGCCACUCCUUGAAAACUAUACGUCAUAGAGAUCUCCAGAAACGGCCUCAAAUGCUACCAGAGCUACGUCUGGUGGAGUUAACUCGAAUCCAUACGGAGUGGGUGCGUCAGGUGUCGUACUACAAGUCGCUGCACUGCGUGGUGUCGUGCGCCACGUGCCCCGACGCGCUGCUCAUGUGCGACAUACACGGCUCCAAGACGCACAACAUGUUCAAAGUUGAAAAGGGUAUCCAAUGUUUCACGUUUGAGGAGGAGAAGCACAUUCUGGUGACAGGGGGCCCGGACUGCUUGGUCCGCGUGUGGAACCCCUUCGUGCCCGCCAAGCCCAGCAUGACCUUCAUUGGACAUCAUACCGGCAUCGUCUGCAUCGUGUUGCAAAAUAAAGGUCGCACUAUCUACUCGUUAUCUAGAGAUAGAACUAUCAAAGUAUGGGAUGUACAGAGCCACGUGUGCCUUCAGUCCUAUAUCGACGUGCCGGCAGUUCUAGGCGAGCGUUCGCCUAUUUCUGCGGUGUACAACCCAGUCACGCGCGAGUUCAUUAUGGCAGCCGUUAAGAUAGCCAUUCUCAUACUGGAUGAGCAGCUGAACCCGCUGCACACGGACGGGUUCACGCACUCGCGAGCUGUGUCCAAGAUCCUCUAUAAUCCUCUGUUCAAAGUUAUCAUUACGUGCGGCAUGGAUAGCAUCAUCAUCAAUUGGAGUCCUACCACUGGCAAAAGCAAUCUGAUUAUUCGCGACGCGCAUACUCGUCUGCUGAAUGGUGAGCUCAUCCCUGUGGAGAUCACUGCGGCGUGUUUUGACCCUGGCUACCAACUUAUGGUCACCGGUGCAAGGAACGGAGAGCUCAAGGUUUGGAACUUCAACACGGGUUUGUGCAUGAGAGUGAUGACCAUUAAACACAUGUGCGAGGUAACCGGCAUCUUCUGGGUGGAUACGAGGAUUUUGGCAGUUGGGUGGGAUCGCGUUGUGACAGAAUUCGAUGAUUCCGGCACGUCGAAGACCGGCAAGAGCUGGGAGACCCGACACAAUGAUGACGUGCUGGCGGCAGCGGUGCGGCCCCCGCUCACGCUGGCCACGGCCAGCUACAACUCCGAGCUCGUGCUGUGGAAGCUGGACACUGGCCAGCCUUACAGACUGUUCACGUGCUCCGACCCGACGCAGCGCCUUAAGAUGCACUACAGGAAGCGCACCUCCAUCAGGCCCGUCACGACGCCUUUCGACAAGACUCCGAAACGAGCUCUCGGUUUUCGCAAACCCAGCUUGGCAGCUCGCGGCAACGUGAACCCCCUGCAGGCGGUGCAGAAGGCGACGGCGCGACGCGUGUCCACUGUGUCGGUGCCGGUGCGCGCGCAGAGCAUGCGCCGCCUCGCCGUGCAAGCCAUGCUCUUUCUGGAAACACGCCAACAGCACCCUCGUGUCGCUUCCCUUUUGGUCUCCGUGGAGAACGGCGCAGUGCAGUGCUGGUCAGAUCACUCGGCAGGCGGGUACCAGGGAUCCUUCCAGGCCAUCCACAUGGCGGGCGAUUAUGUGUCAUCGCUAGCAACCGACAUUAACAAUGAAUUCGUCUUCACUGGUACCACCAUGGGAUACCUCAAAGUGUGGCUCUUGUCUAAUUAUUUUGACAAUAAAACGGUACAUAUAAACAUGCCCCGGCUGCGCCUGAUGUUCCCGUUCCUGUGGCGUGACCGCAUCGAGGGUCGCGCCAAGCGCAGCACUCGCGACCAACCCCAGCCGCUGCUGCUUAACAGCUACCGCGCACAUCUGCGCUGCAUCACCACUGUUGCUUGCUUCGACGAACUCAAUCUCAUCUGCACCGGCAGUUCAGACUACAGUGUGCGCUUGUGGCGUAUCUCUGGUGAGUACCUGCAGACGCUCGGCAGCUUCGUGCCGUGGACGUUGGAAGUUACACGUUUUCCACCUGAUGUGAAAAAAAUUGCUAGCUCUACCACCUUCAAGGUAUUAAAUGGUGGUGUGGUGUCACGCUACGUGCCUGGUCAGAAGGUGAUAGACCUGUUAAGCGACAUCACCAAGGAAGAACUGAAGCUAACGUAUGGCGCGCCGCCUGAUGAGCCACUGCUCGGACACCAUUUCGUAAUGCCCGAUCGGCCAGAGGUGGAAAAACCCAUCGAGCUUGACGUCUCGAUGCCAAGAAUCCCAAUGUACACGCACCUGCGCAUGGCGUCGAUACAGCCGAUGCGGCGCCUGGCCACGCCCGAGCUGGUGCGCGAGACGAGGCUGCGCGAAGGCCUCGCCAGGAAGAGCCCGCCCGACGCCGUGCCCACCACGCACCUGCAGGUGCAACUGCCUCCAACCGUGAAAAAGUCUUAGCCUGACGUUAUAAGCUAAUAGCUAUAGCUACUAGUCAGCCGACUGGGAGACUCCACAGUCCAGCUCGAUGAGAACAAUUGAUUAAUUUUGAUACUAGAAAUGUUUCUUUAUUUGGUCAAUAGUUCGAUUAUUUUCGCAAUUAGUUGAAUUAUCGCUUAAUUAUGCCUACAUAGUUAUACGAGUUGAGUUAUGUUUUACUUAUUAUGUUUAGCAGGGUUGUGUGUUUUUUUAAGCUGAACUUAGUAUACCUAACUAUGUAAGGAAUAUAACUUUAUGAAUGUAAGAAUAUGAAUAACUUUAUCUUAUGUUAAUUGAGAGCCGCUCAGAAACAUUUAAUUUUUUUUGUUAUGGAAAUGUCGCAGACUUUUUUAAUAUACUUACAAAAC